AUGAUACUCCCAACUGCCCCCGCCGUCCCCAUGGAUCUGGGCGACGACUUCAAGUUCGGUCCAACCGUCCUUGAUCCAAUCCAACCAGAAGAUAACAGCGACUUAAUCCAACUCAACGGGUUUCCCAGUGUUGAAACCACCGGUGGCGAUGUCGCCUUGUCACAACUGGGGGUUCUGGCAAAGUUCCACGGCACGUACAGUGGCUUCGGCUUCAACACCAUCUUCAGGCCCAACGGCACAAAGACGCCUACCCCUCUCCCCAUUCUUCCUCCAUCUGAGGAUCCCGCUGAUAAUAUCCUGCAACUCAAUCUCACUAGCGAGGCUAUGGCAUUCAGCAAGGGUCUCACUGAUGUGCCCAAUCGCGGUUUGGAUACGCAAGCUGAUCUGAUGUUGAACGGUGUGCCGUAUACUCAGACCAUUGCUGACAUCACUGAACUUGUAACCCCGCCGAAGAAGCAGCCUGUUAUCCAUUUUGAGCCUGGUCUUUGGAUGCAUGUUCCUGCCAGUCAGGAGAUGCCCGUCCUUCCAGCUUCACUCUCACGAAUGGCGUCCAUUCCCCACGGAACCUCCAUCAAUGUGCAGUCUUUCCAGCCAAUUGUGACUACCAAGGGCACACCAAACAUCCCCUCAGUCGAUAUCACGCCUAUCGUUGUUGGUCAAACCACCAAGAUCGCUUUCAGAAGCCAGACUGCCUCCAACAACAACACCCCACGUCUUCCACAAGAUCUUGCACCCUUCAUGAAAGCGGGCACUAUCACUCAAGAUAUCUUGAAUGACCCCAACACUGUUCUGCGCAACGCCAACAAGGGCAAAACGAUUGUUGAGAAUGCCACGUUUGCGGUCUCCUCCUUUCCCGAGAACCCUGAUCUCGGUGGGGGUACUAGCAACAUCGGCUUUCUCGUCGGUGCAGACGGUGGAGCAAACACAGCUACUGUCCAAGCCCGGAGUGCCAACGCAAACUCUGUCAAAGUGACAGCACAGUAUUGGCUUUCCAAGAUCCGAACCAAGAUUGAUCUUCCUGCCGUCGACACCAAGACUGACAAGAAGAAGUUUGUCUCCCCCGCUUCUUCAGGCCCGAGAGAUGCGGUGCCUAGGUUCGUGGUCGAUAUGAAUGUCCCAGCUGCUAAAACUGUUAAUAUCGAGUAUACUCAGAUUCAGUAUAGUCAGACUGUCUUCUUGGACUUCAACGGUCUCAGCUGGCCUCAUGUCACCGUUGGGACAUUGGCACCAACAGCAGGUCAUCGGCUUUCGCAGGUCGUCGUCACCAACUAG